AUGUAUGAAAUGUAUCCAGACAAAGAUCUCCACUUCCUGUGCAGGACGUGUAUACAGAAUGUUUAUCAAAGGACAAUUCACAGAGACCCCGGACUGGGAGAUGAGAGAGAGGAGGAGGUGGAGGGAUCAGAUCCUGAGAUCCCCACAGAUCUGCAGAGCAUUGCUCUGUCCUAUCUAAUAUGCUCAGAGAGUCUGCGGUUUGUAGCGAAGGCGACGAUAAUGAAUAACACAGAGGUAUUCGCUCCAGUGGGCGACGCGGGGCCCUUCGCCAUGCGGGGCCACAAGCAGCGCUGUAUGUCUGCCAUGGAGCCAGUCACCUCCACUGACGGGGAUUUUAAGGAUGAAGAACAGGACCGCUUCCUGGGCGUUCCGCUCCGCCGGUACUGCCCCACGCGGAGCUCCGCCCACAUCCGCGACUCCUUCCGUAGACACAGCUGGGAGCCGGGGAAGAGGCUGCAAGAGGAGGAGUCUAACUAUGAUGAGCUCAGCCUCAGCCUGAAGGGCCUGGACCCGGAGGAGAUCGAGGAGGCCAUGGGCUACCGGAGGGACCCGCGCCGCACUCCCAUCACCUGCAGCAACGACGAGCUGGAGAACCUGCUGCUGAUGCGGGGGGAGGACGUGGAGGUGACGCAGGAGGAACACGCCAAGAGGCUGCGGGCCUACCUGUCCUCCCAGAACUACGUGUUCAACGCGCUCUCCAAGUCCGUCUCCAUGACCGGGAUCGACCACUGCUACCCUGACGAUGUGUCCCUCUACUCUCACGGACAGCGCCUGACUAAUGG